UUGCUGGUCUCCCUUAGUAUUGCUCUUUCAUUUGUUUUAUUUUAUUAUUUUGCGUUACCCCAAAACAUUAAUACAGGUUGGGGUGUAAAAUGAGGGGGCUACGAACGAUCCCAGGAUAGCAGCACCAUGUCCCAAAACCAGAAGGAUCUGCUAAGUCUGGGUCGACUUGAAUACUUGCAAGCCCUAGUCACUGAAUUCCAGGUGUCAGAGAGCUCUGAAGCCAAGGAGCAGGUCCUGGCCAAUCUAGCUAACUUUGCUUAUGACCCCAAGAAUUAUGAAUUUCUCCGGCAACUCAAGGUCUUGGACCUAUUCCUGGAUAUGCUCACUGAAGACAAUGGAACCCUUGUGGAAUUUGCACUUGGUGGCCUUUGUAACCUCUGCCUGGAUAAAAUCAACAAAGAAUAUAUCUUGGAGGCCAAUGGGGUAGGAGCUGUAGUCAACUGCCUGUCAAGUUCCAACGAGGAGACUGUGUUGUCCGCAGUGACUACUUUAAUGUACUUGACCACAUCCCAGUCUCGCCAACAGAUCACUGCUCUUCCCGUGGUGGAGUGCAUGCUGCGCUUUUCCCUGUCAGCCAACCGGAGGCUACGAAACCUGGCAACUGUCUUCCUUGAAGAUUAUUGCACCCCUCUUCAGGUAGAGGAGGCCAAGAACCUGACCAAGCACACAGCUUUAGGAAUCCCGCUGCCAAAGGAUUAAUGCAGCAGAACGGGCAGCCAGAAAGAUUUUUUUUGAAUGGGAAACAGCGUAUUAGAAAAGCCAGUUCUAAGCACGCCGUGGAAAGCAUCAAAGGCUCCCCGACGAGGCUUUUAUCGCGCCAUCGCAGGACUGAAAGACGCCUAGAAGCGCCCCUGCCCCACAAUCCCGCUACCCGCCGAC